GCAGACGCUGCAGACCAACCAGAGAACAAAAAAGAGGAACUGACUGAACAAAGUGAGGUGAACAGUCACAAAAACGAAUUCAGCGUCAAGCAUCCACAACAUGAGGAGCUUUUUCCUGCUGCUGCUCUCACUGAUGGCCGGUGAGUUUCAUAAAACUAACUGAGACUUUAGUAGCAAACUCAGGAACCAUUUAGCCCAGCUCAGCUGUCACAGUUUUUGAUGUACUGUUUCACUUCUUCAUAGACUAAACCACUGACUCUUUUUUUAUGAUCGGCUUGUCUGCAUUCCUCUCUCUCUGUGUUUCACUUUGAAUUUAUUUAUGUCAUUCAGUCUUCUCUGAUUAAAUCCUGUUUUUAGUGACUUUUACACCUCAAUGGUCUGCUGUUUGAAUAUAAUUAGAUGUUUGAACUGCCUGUCCUCAUACCAGUGUGGUCUGCUGAGAAAAAUUCCCAUGCUUAUACUCAAAACUCAUCAUGAAAAUAUUUUUGUGUAUCAAUUGAUCAAACACAGCAGUGAUACAGCCUUUAUGAUAUAUUUCAAAACUUGUUUUUAAAACAUGUAACCUUUUUUUACACAGGCUGGAGGGAUUUUAAAUAUUUUUCUGUGAUAUAUGCCAUCAAAACAAUGAUAGAUACUAAAAUUUUAAGUCCCUCUUCACAGUAUAAUAACUAUAGAGUCUCUUCUUGAAGUGGAAAAGAUACGAGUAGAAGUGAAAGUCAGCUCCUGCUAAUUUAAGCCCAAGAGGUGUUGUUUAAUUACGCAAAAAGCCCGAACAGGUGCAGAAACUUCAGAGUUCAACUAUUCAACCCUUAGAAAGAGCUGUGCCGAGUGAGAGAAUGUGCCCUGAAAUUCAAUAGGAGAGUGACAUAGAGAUAAAUCAGCAUGUUAUUGGCUGAUCUGCUGGUUUAAGACUACAGGCAGCCUCUGCCACAAGCCUGGAGACAUUAAGUUUAUUAUUUCUAUUAAAAAUAUUGAUUAUUGAUCAUCACUUAUGGUCUAAAAUUGAUAGAACAAUAAUUCCAGUUAUUUGCAAGAAGAGAAGGAUACAUUGAUUACAACCAAAAUCAGCCUUUUACUCAGUUUUUAUGAAGACAAUCCACUUUACCUGAUCUUCAGAAAUCAAAGCAUCACAAGCACUGAAUUUGACAUCAUAUAUUUAUAUAUAACCAGAUGAUCUGACAUUAUUUUUGGAGUCACAAUAAAUCUUUGAAUGUGAGCACACACGGAGAUGAAAACGAUAUAUUGCCAUUUUGUUUUGAAUAAUUUUUCUAUUAGGAAGAAAACGUUUCAGGAAAUAUCCUUGAAACAUGAAACCACUGAAAACAACUCAAAAAUUAUCUAGUGCAUAUGCCAAGCUAGUAAGUGACGCUGUAACGCUGCCCCAAAAAUGCCCCAAAAGACAGAGAAAGAGUACGGAGCAUGCGUAUGAAAGCUGUUCUGGCUGUACUCACACAGGCUCCAUGGGAGAGUUAUGCCGUGUGUGACGUAAUAAUUUCAAGAAAGAUCUGAAUAGGCAUUCACAUGGAAAUGAAAUGGUAGUCAUACACAGACUUACCCACUCUGGGACCCGUUUUCAAAAAGUGUUGUUUACAGUGACCCAAAAUGUUGUUUCUGUGUGGAUGAAAUGCAGAUACAACAAAAAACAUUUGCGUUUAUUCCUGAAUUUGUUUCCAUGUGGACAGGGUACAGCUGGCCUGCUAGCUGCUGCUGCUUCUUCUUCGUCUCUUCUGUUUUAUGACAUGCAGCAGCCAGCGUAAAGGACCUCUCCUAUGAAGUCGCCCUUUGUUAAUUGUUACAGUCAUUACUGGAAAAGAAAAGCAACAAACUUAACAUAUAAAGUAUAAAUGCUCUGAGAAUUUUACUGAAUAAUUUAAAGCCCUGAGUCUAUUUCAGUGUUUGACAUGUUGUGGGUUUUUUUUCUGAUCCACAGGCUGUGAGGACAUGCGUGAAGUGAAGGGAUGUCUUGGAGGAUGGAUUGAAUUCAGCUGCAGAUACCCCAACCCAACAUCAGUUCAUCAAACUGUUUAUGUUAAAAAUAAUGCAAAUACCUUUAUGAUGGGCAGUAAUAAGUGGAAAACAACAGAUAGAGUUUUCAUUUACAAUGAUAAAAAAGACAAAAAAACGAGUGUGAUCAUCAAACAGCUUCAACGCAAGGAUGCUGGGAAGUGGGAGUGUGCAUUUGGCCCCUACACUAAACCAUACAAAACUGUUGAACUGAAGUUUGAAACAGGUGAGAUGCCUUUUUUUAAAUUUUUUUAAAGUCACAUUUAAAAACUUGGUCACUCUUCCUCACAUGUAGAGCAUAUAUGAAAUAAAAGCAAAAUUAUGCAUCAGCAGCAACAGAGACAACAUUAAGAAGCUGAAAGACUAAUUUUAACAAUUUCACAUUUUAAUCUGGAUGCCAUGGCUAAAGGAAAAUUUCUGAACCAGCCCAGUUCCUCAAAUGUUCAUUUCCAUCAUGGUGUCUACUAUUGUGGUAUGUGGUUACAACUAUGUGAAGUUCUUCCCCUCUAGGUCAGUGCAGUACUUAGCCUCAGCUCUUUGCAUUUUUACGUAAAACUUUCACUAAAAUAUUGGUGAACAGGAAGCGGCACACUCCUCAUUUGGUUACAAGGCAGCUGGCUGCUGGCAGCCCAACCCUUAUCCUGGUAUCACCAAACCAGUUCACCUAUGGGUCUGGGACCGUUCAAUCCAUAUUUAAGCAACAGUUUCUUACAAAUGUGCCUCUGGAAGAUUGUACAGACUUACUUCAUCCAUUUCAUUUAAAAUAGCCGCCAUAUCAUACUUACCAGACCUUCCUACGGCGUCUAUGUCUUCCAUCUUGGUUGAUUAGAGAUAUGCCGAAGUGAUGUCAUCUUCAACAAAGGAUGAUGAUUGGUCUGUUACAUCUGCCACUAAUGGAAGAGUGUUAAUAACAACAGCAGCUCCAGACAUGCCAGAGCAAAUGAAACGCUCGUCAAACCAGCCCCUUUCAAACCAGGUUCAUUAAAACCAAAGCUGGGACUUAUUUAGGACUUUAUCAUUGUCACUACAACUUUAUCCCAGGAAUCUUUUUUUCUCCCUUAAGCUUGUCCUUACAUGACAGAUAUAACUGACAGUUGUCUCUUUGAAUUUAGCAUGUUUUAAUUCUUUUUUUUUUUUUUACUUGCAGAUCAAGUUGCAUGUCAGAAACAUUUUAAUCAGACAGCGUACAGAACAGCUCAAACCACCAUCACAUGUGAAUAUCCGAAGCAUGACAACCACUUAGUGAAGUAUUUCUGCAAAGAGAACGGUACUGUCUGUGAGGACAUUUUAUCAACAGACUCUCCCCUGCAGUCAAACGAGACAUUCACUCUUAUUAAAACCAACAAUGGCUUCAGAGUGUCCAUCAGGAAUGUGUCCUUACAGCAUCGGGGAGUCUACUGGUGUGGACUGAAAUCUGAAAAAGAUGCUCAUCAGGCUGGAAGGAGAAAAAUCAAUCUGGAGGUUACAGGUGAGUCUCAUUCUUAGAGUUUUUUUUAGAGCAUUAAAUUAAAGUAGCUCUUAAAUGCAUCAAACACAGUCAAUGCUGUUUCUACCUCUACAGAUAUCCGUAAUUUCACGAAGUCUCCAGCUGUUGGACAAACUUUAAAAUACUGGUGUCAAUACCUAAAAAGUGGUCCAAUAUUCAUCUGUAAGGGAGAAGACCCCUCUGUGUGUCAGCCUUUUAUUAGCAGAAACAAAAAGAACAAUGGUACAUUUUCAAUGGAAGAUAAGGAAAAGGAGAAAAAAAUCUACAUCACGGUGGAUAGAGUGAAAGCAGAGGAUGCUGGGACUUACUGGUGUGGAGCAAACAGCACCGACAAAACUCACAGCGAUAUUUUCUACCACAAAUUCACCAUGAUCGUAGGUGAGUGCAACAAUAAUCAUUUGUUGUGAGGAUUCAGUCUGAUGCUGCUUUAGACACCAUGUAAGAGUGAAUGCAUGAAAAUAAUCAGUAACAAUAACAGCAUUUUUGACCUUAAAAUGUGAUGAGUGAUGCUGACAGUCAAAUGUCUGUAAAUCUGCCUCUCAAACUUUUCUGUCAGGACCUCAGAGUAAAAAUGUCUGCAAGAAGUAAAAGCGCUGAAACCACAGAGAGAAAGAUUAACCCGAUUUUACAUCGGAGGAAAAUAACCAAAGGAAGUGGUUUAGUUUUGUUCGUUAGGGGAAAGACGAAGGUGUGAUGUGCUCAUGCCCAGCCCCAACAUCCUCCAUGCAGAAGUGAAGUUUGCAUUCAGAAUACAAACCCUACAAUUUAAAAACUCAUCAAAAACUAGACACAAGUUUAGACAAACCAAAAAAAUUCUUUUCACAUGUGUAUUUUUUUUUUUUUUUUUUUGUAUUUCUGGGAAACUUUGCUUUCUUCUUAGAUUUCUCUUGUCACUCCGGUGUGUUUCCUGCCUGAGUUUAAGGCUGCCAUGCUCUGAUCAGUUUGAUAAGUUUCAGACUUCGAUCUGACUAUGAAAAGGAUCACAGACUGAAACCAAAUCAGCAUACUGAUAUUUUUUAAGAAUAAUUGACAGCAAGGCUCAAAUCUUUGCCUGUGUUUUUGUCUCAUCUAUAGUUAAAAUGUUUUUUAGUUUAAAUUUGGGCCAUAUCACAUCACUGAUAGUCUUUAUUUAUCUAAUAAACUUAAAAAUUUUUAUUCAGGUCAACCAAACAAAGCUAAAUAAAAGACAAAGUCACACAGUUCUUUGUAUUAAUGAUAAUAUUAUUUGUUUACAAAACUUCAACUUCCUUUGAUAACUGAUUGUACUUUUGCUUCCUUCCAGCACCAUCACUUCCAGCACCAGCAUCUACUGAAAGUCCUGGAGAGACAGCCGGUCAGAUACCUUUACCUUCUGACAAAGUAGAAGAGCAUGUUUUCAAAUCAUUUCUGAACUUCAUUUUUGACUUCAAUUCUUGAUGUUUUCUUGCAGGGGGUAUUUGGUUUGUUAUCACUAUGGUCAUCUGUGCAGUCGUUCUGCUGCUGCUGCUGUUCAUCUUCCUUGCCAUCCUUAUCCGCAAACGUAAGAGAUUUAUCAGCUGUGAUCAGAGCAUGAGACACUUGUGUUAGGGAAAUAAAACCACAGCUAGGACAUCUUCAUCUUGUGAAGUCUAAAAUAUUUGUUGAAAUCAGGCACUUUUCUGAUGUAAACCUGGUGUGACAUUAAAACCUGUCUGUUGCUCAUCGAUCUUUAAUCUUUGUUUAUCUACAGUUAAUGUGUGAAACUGACAGAAAAAUGCAGAAACACCAAAAAAUGUCUGUCAGUUCUCAUCUGUUAGCAUUCACUGUUGAAUAUUAAGCUGGUUUUAAGCCUAUUUGAGUGUUUAAAUCAGUUGAUCUUAUAUCUAUUAUCUUAUUUUUUUUUUUAUUUGUCUCUCUGAAGGCUUUUCAAAAAACACCACACCUGCACCAGCUGCAGCAGCAGCUCAGCAUGUCAGAGAGGUAAAUGCACAAAAAUAUUUGGGCAGAUAAAAAUUUGGGCUCAUUGAUGACAAAAAAAAGUGCCAGACAGACAAUUAUGUUGGAAAUCGAAAUAAUGAAAAAAAAAAAGUCCCUAAACUUUAUUUAUAGACACAGAACUUUUCAGAAAAGGGAACAUUUUCAAAAAAAAAAAAAAACAUGACAAAAACUACUUAUAAUGACAGAAAACAUAUUAGAGCCACAUUAUAAGACCUGCAUUCAAAUUUUAUUGUUUAACCCAUGUCCCAUCUGUCAACAUGGAGAGGGCAGGCUUUAUGUCAAGCACUGCAGCCAGUCAGUAAAGGAAGCUCUGAAGGUUUUGGCCUCACUUCUUAGCAGCUGUCACGUAUAUCUUUUAUGAAAAGACAGAGCGUGUUAUUUUACUGUGUGUAAUUAUAUGGUUUCGGAUUCUGACUUUGCCCAAGGGGAAACAGGACAUUAGUGUUAAAAAACUCUUAAAGAAAAGGUUCUCAGUAAUUCCAGAUGAGGAUAUGCUUUACUGCAUGGCACAAAAUAAAAAUGAGGAUAAAGAUAAGUGAUAACGUUAACCUGUUUGUAUUUUAAAGGUCGGGUAGGCAGGUUUCCAUUAAAGAAGCAUCUUUUUUUGUGGUGUAUAUACAAAAAAGCUUUUAAUAUCAGUCAAUAGCUAUUAGUUAUUGAUGUCAUUUGGAAAUAUAACAAUAGUGCUGUGUUUUGUUUUGUCUGUGUAGUCAACAUUUCAAAUUUUCUGAGCGGCCCACUCAUUCUGACUGUAAACAAAGCCAUUCGCUGCCUCACCCAACCUGAUUGGUUGUGAGGCAGAAGCUGCAUGUUGUGAGCCAUGCUCCACGUGCCACGUCCUUGAAUAACAUGCAUGAGCCCAAACAAAGUUAGCGUGCUACAAUAUUGGACAGUAGAAACCAACCAGAAAGUACAGAAAAUUGUCUGAAUCCAUCUUUGACCAUGACUGCCAACACAAGCAAGAAAACAAAGUAAAUACCUCUGGCGGAAUAACAGGCGCCUAAAAAGAUGAUAGACCAGACAAGAGCUAAGAAGUCGGGUCAACAUCAAUGAAGCAUAAACAAUACGGGACACUUUGGGAUCUUAUGGAGCCUGUAACCUUUCUGCUGGACAGCUAAACCGCUUUAACAAAGUAAGGCAAGUGUAACAGAAGUGUUUUUUGACGGGACCUGCUGCAUGUUGUAGCGCCGCUAAACUGUUAAGCCUACCUCAGGUCCUGGACUAUGUCACUUUAUCCUAGUUGUAGAAGUCCUGCUAACAUUGUGUUUGCUGGUAGUCUGUUGGCAUCUACAGUAGCACCAGUGCAUUUACUUUCACGUUGACUGGGCCCCAUAUGUAAUUAUCUGAAGUAUUUAUCUGCAUUAUAUCUGAAUUUACUUAAAACGACACAAGCGAGCAGGAGCAUCUGUUUGUGGGUGGGGCUUGCUGGAGCAGAGAGUGAGGGGAGAGGAGGAGCUGAUGGGACAAAUUGGUUGGGAGGGGUAGAGUUUACGUUUAGGAUUUCUCCCCAAAACUGGCACUUCCUCAGAUCCUGCCUUCCUCACCUUUAACAAUAUAUAUUUUUUAUUCAUUCCUGUCAGGACUACGUCUACGAGGAGAUACAAGAGCACCACCAGAAUCAAGGCUAUGGAAACGCCAUGAAAUCUGUUUAUGCCACGGUGAAUUUUUCCAGAAACCCCUCGGCCUCACUUCAUUACUCUACCAUUAACUUCAACCAGAGCUCUGACAAAGCUGCUGGAGACAGACUGUUCCUCAAACCCAGCUUCUCUUCCUGUGAAUACUCCUGUGUAAAACAAAGUCCAGCUAACACCUUUGCCAACCAGCCAUCCAGACCUGCAGAGGAUCCUCUCUACUCCAGGGUCAACAAGCCUCAGAAACAAUAACUCACUCUGUUUGAGUUCAUGAAACACAACUUUCCCCCGUUGUUUGCUUGUCGCUUAGUUUGCAGAGAGAAGACAAGAGCAGGAGAAAACAAAAGAGAGGAGAUGAGAACAGAGAGGGGGAAAAAUGAUGUCCACAAGGGAAAGUACGAUCAGUGGUUAGAGGAGAGAAUGUGGAGAGCGAUGGGAGAGUACAAGGAGGCAAUAGAGUGUGCGCUUCCUUUCGUGGAAAUGAUUCAUGUAAAAAUGUAUUUUAAUAUAUGUGUGCUGAAAUUUAAAUAAAGCAUGUUUAUUCAAAAAUGA